GUAAUAAUAUGGCUGCCACUGAGCUGCCAUAUAUGUGCAGUAAAUACGGGCGGCUCAAGGUCAAAGGUUGUUAUUGUUUGGCGUGUGGCUCGAGAAUACACGGGUCCUGUUGUUCUCAAUUCUUUGAGGUAUAUUGAUGACACAGACUCGUGACAUGGUGUCAGAAGUAAACUGAACCCUUCGUGUUGAUAUUUUGCCUGGUUGGCAUUGCCUUCAUUACUUGUAUUCUCACUAUGAAUCUUCGAUCGCCAACCGAGUUGAAUUUCGGGGCGGCAAAUAUGGCUGCCGAGUGGGCAAGAUGGAGCCGAGACUGGCAGUAUUAUGCUGCGGCCCGUGAGUUGGCUGCGAAGCCUAUGGCGGUGCAGCUAGGGACUUUCUUUAAUUGUGCAGGUGUCAGUGCACAAGAGAUCGCGACACAUUUUGAGUGGCAGGAGGCGGACGGCCUUCCGGCCCUCCUGGCCGAAUUUGAAGCCUACUGCAACCCACGACGAAACGUCAUUUUGGAACGUUUCACGUUCAACACCCGGCAACAGCGUCCGGAUGAGAGUGUGACAAGCUUCCUGGCUGCCCUGCGCUCACUGGCGGCUACUUGUGAAUUUCAUGACGUGGACGACAUGAUUCGUGACCGCCUGGUCAUUGGUGUGCGCGACCAGGGGACACAGCGCGCUCUUCUUCGUCAGUCGAAGCUGACGCUGCAGGAAGCGAUAAAUAUUGCCAUCUCCGAAGAGGCGUCAACACGUGACCAACAGAGUAUGGCCGGUGCGCGCUCAGAAGAGCCGCAACAGAACACUAAUGAUGUCUGCGCAGUGUCCCAGCCGGUCGCACCCCCGUCUUCUGUUACGGUGAGCGCCCAGUGCCGCUUUUGUGCCCGGGUGCAUGUGAUGAGACGGACACAGUGUCCCGCGUGGGGCAAAACGUGCAACGUGUGCGGCGGCCAGAAUCAUUUCUCCGGAGGGAUAGCGUGCCCACGGCGACGACCGGCUGGAACCAGUGGCGCAGCGCUGGGCGCCGCGGGAGGAGCUCGUGCGCCUCGACAACGCCAGUUCGGGUCUGGAGACGGUCGGCGCCGCCCACCAGACGGCAGUGGGCCUAGAGUCGCCGCGGUACAAACGCCUGAAGAUGAAGACCCAUACAUCGUGGGCGCUGUUUUCGAAACAGAGACUGAUGAAGCUGCGAUCAGCUACCGCCGAUGAUCCCAUUUUGUCUCAGCUGCUGAGGCAGCUGCGCUCUGGCUGGCCGGCGCAUCGCCGAGACGUUCCUGAGCUUCUGAGGGGCUACUUUCCGUUCAGGGACGAACUGGCCGUGCAAGACGGACUGAUCUUUAAAGGCCGGCGCCUCGUGGUUCCUUUCAGUCAGCAGCGAGAAGUGAUAACUGAGCUGCAUCGUGCUCACAUUGGACUCGCUUCAACCCUUCGACUUGCGCGUGAGUGUGUUUUCUGGUUGGGUAUGACCAGCGCUUUGAAGGAGACCAUCCUCAAAUGUACAGUGUGCCUGGCACAUCACCCUGCUCAGUCUAGGGAGCCCAUGAUGUCACACGAGCUGCCAGAUCGUCCCUGGCAAAAGAUAGCUGUUGACUUGUUUGAGCUGAACGGUGUAGCAUACAGCGUUUUGGUUGACUACUACAGUAAUUUUGUCGAAGUUGAUCGGUUGGCUUCAAUGUCAACUACCAAUGUCAUAAAAGCCAUGUCAGCUCAGUUCGCGCGGUAUGGGAUCCCAGAAACCAUUGUCAGUGAUAAUGGCCCGUGCUACGCCAGUGCAGAGUUCAAAGCAUACACAGAUCGUUUGGACAUUGUUCACUGCACUUCGAGCCCGAGCUAUCCCCAGUCAAACGGGAAAGCCGAAAACGCUGUUCGCACGGUAAAGCGCUUGUUCAAAAAGGCACUCGAGUCGGGCGGAAACCCACAGUGGGCUCUCCUUGCUUGGCGGAACGUACCGACGGAAGGUAUAGGUGUCUCUCCGGCACAACUCAUGUUUGGUCGCCCUGCUCGAACUUUCGUGCCUCAGGUGCGCUCAAAUUUCACGGCACCCGGCU